CAACAAACAAACUCAUCUUCUUCUACUACCUUACCUUACAACCACCUAGGGGUUCUUCUCGACCAGGCUCCUCUUCACCUGAACUUCUCUCCACCUAAGCCUCUCCUAAUCCAAGCUUCUUCAACGACCAGGAUGAAAGUUUCCACUACCAUCUUCACUAUCCUCUCUAGUCUGUCCAUCGUACAGGCUGGAGAGCCCGGAGGCCCUAAGGACCCAGACAGUCUUUCAAGAGGCCCGCUACCGCUCCACGAGCUCCCUGAAUGCUGGCAAGGCUGCCUUCAAAGCGAGAAUCGUUGGUUUCCACCAAACAUCAACAAUAUUAACGUCCACGAUUUCUGCGUGGAUACUGGCCUCCACGUCCGCUUCUGGUCCCAACAUACCCUCGCAACCUGCACAUACGGCGCUUGCAAUAAAGCAGAGCACUACGUAGCGCAAGACUGGUACUACGAACUGUGUCACAUGAAUUAGGCUCCAUAUCUACAAGCCUGUUCAUUCACAACUACAACGAGCAUUCGCAUGCCUAUGAUGCUAUUCACAUCUGCAGACUGAAGAGCUAUUCACCUGUACGAGCCUGGUCUUCAAC